AUGCGACGGAUGAUCAAGUCUCUUCGCAGGCCCAAACGUGCACCAGACCCCCAAGAACAGCCCGAACUCGACGUUGCCAUUGAAGCACUACCAAUCCAAGCCUGCUGGGAGCUUCCCGCGGCACCGUUAACCAGGACCGGAGAGCCAGAGCUGCCGCGAAUACCUCUCUAUUACGAACUCCCUGAAGCACCGCAAAUUGUAGAACUAGAGCUGCCACGACCUCCAACCCCUUGCGACGUCCCCGAAGCGCCCCCCAGACCGCUCACACCUACUGCUGAUCGACGAUGUUGGCGGGACCAAAUCAUCGCCUCCUCGCUGUCCAGCUUUGUCGCCAAUGAACAGGGGUUCCUGCGGCAGCGUGAUGUCGACCAGCUUGCGAGUGCGACGAGGGGGUAUUUGAACAGCUGGGAGGGAUACCAUGCCGGACAAGGCAGCGACCGUGAUACUAUUCUGCUGGAUCUCAUGGCUGACUGGGGCCGAGAUUUGGACAGCGCCGUGGCAACGCUGGCUUGUACUGGCUUCUUGUCAGCAUCGGAGGCUUCAAGUCAGUUGGCAUCUCUCAUCCAUCUCGACUCUGCGAUGUAUUUGCGGUGUCUCGCUGUCGCCGGUAAAUUUAGGGCAGGCCUCAUCCGCGAAGAUGAAGCGAGGGCGAUCCAACAAAUCCAGCGCUUGCAACCCCAGUCUGACCUCGGCAUUGAGCAUAUCGAAAACUUCAUCAACGCCUUCACCACUUGUCGUCCGUCCAUAUUCCUCCCGGACGAACUGAUACAAGACUGGCUAAGCAAGAACGGCAUCAUAGACCGUCUGGAUGCUGAAGUCGUCAUCCACUGGGAACAACAAAGACUGCACACCGCUUUCCGGCUUGUACGAUGCAUCGAAAUCAUCUGUAGCUUGCCCGGUGGCCCGGACAUGCGCAGCGGCUGGAAUGGGCCCUUCUGGCAGGCUUGCCUGUGCUGGGCUCCAAACACAGAGAGACUCCUCCAGUGGGAGUCAGGUUGUCUCUCAGAUGCACAGAGACGUCAGUUAUCGACACUCAUCAGCCUCGAUGGACCCGACACCGCAACGUGUCGAGAAUCAUGCUUGCGGCUGUCAGACCCAACUUCCUUCUCACGAACUCAGGUUGAGCCGCAGACAACAGGCACUCUUGAACAGAUGUUGGUCCUUUUGUCAGGCUCAGAACGUGUUGGGACUAACACUGUCGACCUGUUCAUCUAUCUCUUGAUUGAGAACCCGGAAACUCAGUCCUCGUUCGAUUUCCUCAAACAUGCCCUCGAUCAAGGUGGCUCUGACGAGUCUCACCGGACUAUUCUCAACUUCCUGCGGUCGCAGCAUAACAAUAACCUGGAUAUUUGCACUCAGAUGAUUGGACUUUCGAGCCUUCUUCCCCUGCUUAGUUCAACAAUGUUUCCCGAUAGUAUCGGGAACCUAGUUACUAGGAUUGCACAAGUCAUGUCGGCAGCCCAGAGCGAAUUCGUGGCUCAGCUCGACAAUGGCCCGGGUGACUAUGUCGGCAUGAGCAUUCUGGCCUUUGGCAAGGCGAUCUUGGCUGCGAAAGCGGUACAUCCAAACUUGCCACCGGAUCUUCUGGAAAUGGUCCGCAGGUUCCCUGAACCUGAUGUGGCGCAAUCCAUAUUCGAGCGGCUUGAGGAUGCUGCCCUGAGCAAGUCUAGGGAUUGUUCAGCGCUGAAAUCAUACCUGGUGUCUAGCCUCGGCGGUCGUACCGAGUUCGCUGCGGGUGAUGUUGACCUCACUGAUAUACAGCUCGAAGUCAAGUUCUGGAAGAGCUGUCCAGAUGCCCACAGGCGGGACUUGGCGAUGAUUCUGGCCAGUAUCAAGCGUCUGGAUUACAAGACAUAUGUGACCUGUCUUGGGUCUGUGAUUCUCGAGAAGGAUCAGUUUGUGAAGGAGUUGCGUGUGACGCUCAUGGAAAAACAUUGGGGGUCAUGCGCCAAACUCAUAUCCUACGUCUCUCUUCGCCGAAGCCUUGGCCAACUCUCAGCCGACUGCUGGACGAUGCUAGUUUUUGCAUUCAUUGAAGAGAAUGGCUCUUUUUCGAGCCAGGGAAAAUCACACAUGAGAACCAUGGAUCAAUGGCUCGGCUUUAUCCAGUACCUCGCCAAGCUGACUGCGCCGGUUGCUCAAGCGCAGCUACGAGAUUCUGGAGAUGGCAUCACCCGGCGGCGACUCACCUGGUGGCGAACUUUGUCUGGGUAUGCCACAGCACUGCGGUUGAUCGAAACCUUGGUCAAAGGAUUUGAAGAUGUCGAGUGGAUCUUUCUCACUGGCGAGGAGGCAUCACUUCUCACCUUGAUCGAACAUGCUCAGAAGGGCAAAGAUAUGCCCGAUAUCAGUCGGUUAGUCAUAUGUCAACUCAAAGCGGAUGGAAGAAAUCUCGUGCUUGUUUCAAAUAUGCUGCACUCACUGGCAGAACUCUCUCAACACGGUGCGGCCAUCUUGCAAAUGAUGUUGACGAGAGCGGUGGAACAGUCACAUUGGACAAACCUAUCACUAGCCGCAGUGUGCAAAGCUUGGCUAAAUAGCCCACUCCCGACAAAUUUCGACAAAACAGUCUUCAGAAUGAUGAGGGAGAACCUCAAACCAAUCCCACCCUUUACUCGCAAAGCCGCAUUGUCUCUGCUCGGUCAGCUGGUAGGCGAGCAUGACUCCCUUGUUGAACGUGCCGCUCAGCUGGAGACGUCGCGGUGGAAUCUCAAGAGAACAGAUGCAAGAGGGCAUUCAAGGCUGCUCCAUGAGGCAGGCAUCCGGGAUACACCUUUCCGAGCUACAGGGCAAGGCAUUCCUGUUGAACUGGCUGACGCAGUCGAGGAGGUCGCACCAAACGAGUACGAGCUGUCAUUCCCACUGACAGGACUCAAUGAGCUUCAGCGCAUGGCACGAGGUGUUCCAGAUGGUGCUCGACUGCUUGUAGUUCGAGUUUGUCUGACAUCCUCCAGGGGUUUCUGUGUUCAUUACGCCCCGAACGAUGAAGCUACAGGAAAUCGGCAUCAGUACUGGAAGAAGAGUUCCAACACUCCAGAUCGACCCAUCUGUGGAACGAAGCCAUCACUCUUCACGUACUGUCUUUCUAGAAAUCUCCACCGACUACUAAAGAACCCACAGACUAUUGCAACGAUACACAACAGCAUUGAGAAAUGGGUUACUACGUCGCCAACAACGUGCGGUGUCUGUGGCGCUCUCAUUAGCGUAAGACUGUGGAAAACCGCCGCGUGCUCACAGACAUGUUCGAUAAGGUUUCGACAGGCACCCUUGGAAGUCCGUCUUCACAACCUAAUGGUUGACCCUCUGUCGAUGGACCUCUUGAUCUCAAGCGUGUAUGCUGCCGCUCUGGACGGAUCCGCUCUAGACUUGCUUCCAGGCUGCCCCGUAGCCAAGGCCUCGUUGCCGACUGUCAUCAACUCUCUGCCCUCGAUGGAAACUCUGGCUAGAGCUCCCAGUCUUUCACGAGCCCUACAAAAUAGCCGUUAUGCGGUGGAUCAGGAGAGACUACUCUCGUGGCUGUGCCUGAGCUUCAGAGGCUUUCUACGGAGCGUCCCGAGCGGGUUUGCGAUCCCGAGUAUGCCGCAGACGCAGCAGUUCCUCCUCAUGAACUCGCACCACGAGCGAGAGAAAGCAUUUGAGACUCAUCUGGGUGCCACUGCCUCUGCUGGCAGUGGACCUGUCUUUCACGGCACGAGUAUUAGCCGGCUGUACCUCAUUCUAUCAGCAGGCCUGAAGAACGUGAGCAACACGCCGCUGAUGCGUCACGGUGCGGCUUCUGGCCCCGGGGUUUACUGUGGGGACGAACAGGCUACCUCCUUGGGUUAUUCGCAGGCUAUAGGGAACAACUGGAGCAACAGUGCCAUCGAUCAGCAGAUGCGGGUGAUGCUGGGCUGUGAGCUUGCCAAGUAUCCGACAGCGAAUACGCCAACCCAUGUCGUCACGGAUGAGACUAGAGUUCUGGUGCGAUCAGGGAGGGCAAUCUAG